AUGGAUCGCAGAACUCAUAAACACUACCAUAAACAUGAGAUUAAUUCACAAGAUAUAUAUGACACCUAUUUUAGUUCCAGUGUGGAUGAAAAUCUUCUAGAUGAGGUUUUUAUAUUUCCUUUAAAAGCAAUUGUCAAUGACAGCAAAUUAGGUCAUAUUAAAGGGGACACACUGAUUGAUAUUUCUGCUGGUGCCAAUAUUUUCCAUAUUUUACCAAUCUGUACGUAUUUCAAAGACAUCACUAUAUUAGAGUUUAAUGAUGCCUGUCUCAAGGACCUGCAGAAAUGGCAGAAUAAAGAACCAGGUGCAUUCGAUUGGUCUCAUGCAUCAAAGAUUGUUGCAGAACUGGAGGGCUGCAGUGAUAAAUGGGAAGAAAGAGAAGAUGAUCUAAGAAGACGCAUCAAGAAUAUUUUGAAAUGUGAUUUUAAUAAAGAAAACCCAACUGACCCUGUUGCAUUACCAAAAGCAGAUUGUGUGUUUAGUUUGUUUGUAUUGGCUCACAUUUCUGAAGAUUUAAAUGCGUACCGCCAUAAUUUGAAAAUACUAUCAUCAAUGCUUAAAUUAGGAGGGCGUCUGUUAUUGGUUGGCAAGUAUAAUGGCACUUUUUACUCUGUGGGAGGACAUAAGUACCAUGUUUUGAAAUUUAGUGAAGAGGAACAUGGAAAGAUUCUGAGAGAUUGUGGGUUUUGUCUUGACUAUACAGAAGUAAAGGAAAGUAAAGUACGCAAGGAUAUUAUGCAUUGCAGUCAUUUUUUCUUUGUCAGUGCUGUUAAAAUCAAGGAGAUGUGA